AUGGAUUCGUCGAUCUUGCCCCAUUUUGCGUGCGUAAUCAAAAAAAAGAACUCUAAAAGACAAAUCGUAGAGAAUCGUAUUCAAAUGCGUCGCGGUUCGAGUCUUUCCAACUUGGACAAAGUGAUUCAGACCAUGCCUGAUUUGGUAAGAUGUACCACGGCCGAUCAGCAACUGUACGUCAGUUCUGACGACCAUCUGCAGAAGAGUCCGAACAUGUCGAGGUCGUUGAGGGCCAGUAGCAAUGCUUUGAGCACCGGAGGUAGUUUUGGUGACUUGAUGAACAUGAAACAAUUCGGAUCCAGCCAAUGGAGCGUCAGGAGUGACUCGCUCAUCGCGAAAACACUUCCUCUAUCAACGGUCACUCCUAAACCGAUAGUUACAGAAGAAAUCCUUUUAGAAGACGUCACCAACGGUACGUCUACUUUCCAGGAAAGAUGCGUUGUCGAUGAAAGUUCACUGACAGCUGCUCAACGAACUUUAAAAUUGGCCAAACUGAUUCAGCAACAGAGAGGGUAUAAAGAUAAUAGGAUACAUAGGAUUCCAAAACGAAAACCAUGUCUCGCCGACAAUCUUAACAAUGGGUCUGAAUGUGUGGAUCUCCCAAACGAAACUCCGACAAAAUGCAGAAUCUCAAAGACCCGGAAACCAUCCCUACAUUCGAGACGGUGCGCCAUUCAUGUAAUACAGCUAUGA